AUGUCUGACCCCGCUCCAACAUUUGAUAUCCCCAAGGAGGGCUGGGGUGCUGUAGUGAAGAAUGAAGGACCCGACUUUUAUGUCGAAGUCGAAAAGGUGCCUGUGCCAGAAGUUGGCCCCGAGGAUGUGCUGAUCAGAUUGAACGCGACCGGCCUCUGCCUGAGUGACGUCCAUUUCAUGCUGAACGACUGGGGAAUGCCCAAGAUGUCGGAGUUGGGAGUCAAGUGCGCUGGUCACGAAGGUGCUGGUGUCAUUGUCAAGGUCGGAGAAAAAGUCAAGAGCUACAAGGUUGGUCAGCGGGCCGGCAUUAAGCCAAUUCUCGAUACAUGCCAUACUUGCGAAUAUUGCCGGACUGGCAAUGAGACCUUCUGUCUCGGGGCCAUUUACACAGGUGGUCAUGCCGAUGGCUCAUACAAGCAGUAUAUCAUUUCACCUGAGCGUUAUACCACUAUUAUCCCGGAUGGAGUGUCAGAUUAUGUUGCUGGACCCGUCAUGUGCUCGGCUUCAACAACUUACACCGCCCUUAAGAGAUCAGGACUGAAGCCCGGAGACUGGGCUGUCUUCCCUGGUGGCGGUGGUGGAGUGGGUAUUCAGGGUGUUCAAUUGGCCGAUGCCAUGGGCUUCCGACCCGUCGUGGUUGAUACAGGCAAAGAGCGAGAACAACUCUGCAAGUCUCUUGGAGCCGAGCACUUUGUCGACUUCAAAGAGGUGGAAGACCCAGUCAAGACGGUCGUCGAAUUGACCGAGGGUGGAGCUCAUGGAGUGUUCGUAACUGCUGUUCAGGCAUAUCCAAUUGCGCUGGGAUAUCUUGGUGCUCGUGCUCAAGCCAAAGUUGUUUGUAUCGGCAUUCCCCCAGCCGGCAAGUACAACAUCGACUUGGCUCCUGCAUCACUCGUCUUCCGCGGCCAGUCAAUCCAAGGGUCCCUUGUCAGCCCGUUGAGCGAUAUUGACGAAACCCUUGAAUUUGCCAGACGAGGUAAACUGCGUCUGGAGCCCACCGUCGUAGGCUUGAGCAAAUUCAACGAGUCGGUGCAGAAAUUGAAGAAUGGACAGGUCGCAGGACGCAUUGUGGUUGACUUCAACCUCCCGUGA